UUUCGUACUUUUGGCUGGAAUGGAAAAUAAUCCCGGCUUAGAUGUACUUUUCACAGGAAUUCAUUUUUGUUAAGAAAUGGCAGCGGAUUAAGACUUAGAUUUGGAUCGCAGAGGAAGAAGAUAAGGGAAGGGAAUGGAAUUAAUUUCCACUUUUAUUUUCUUUGCAAAGAAGGCACAAUAAAAACAUCAUCACACUCACACAAUAUCCAUUUAUGGCUUCACCUGCACGACACCACACCAAACCAAACGCAUUACUCAAACCACUUCUCUUUCACUCACCCUCACAAUCACACCAUUAACCACCUCCCUACCCUCCUAAUCGGUGCUGCUAUAAUCCAAAUUAAGCUGUCGUUUUCAGUUCGUUUAAGCUUAAUCAUCACUACUAAUCCCCAUUCCCUCUAAACUCUAACUCAACUUUCUCCCAAACCGUUCUUCCGCUAUUUUCUGUUUGUUUCCGUUAUGGGGAACUGUUGUCCCAAGCCGGAAAAAUUAACGGCGGAGAUUGUUCCGCACGACGGAGCUAAAGUUUAUCCGACGGUCCGUUUGUACGGUUCACCGAAGAGCAUCGUCGCUGCUUACCUUCGUUUCGCGCUUCUCCACAAGUCUGUUUCGUUGGAAUUUGUUCCAUCCAACGAAACGUCGUCGGAGCGCGACGGAGGAUCCGACCCGGUUAGACUCCAGGUAGGGUCCGAGGUUGUUACGGGUUCCCGUGAGACGCUGCUGCGGUUUAUUGACGCGCGGUUCCCUGGUCCAUCGGUGGAGGCAGCUGCUGGCGGCGGAGGAGUGGGGAGGGAAGAUGAAACGACGCCGUUGCUGGUGAGGAUGACGGUGCUGCAUCACAGGAGCAUGUUGAGGCAGUUGGAGAGUGUGGUGAGGUGGGCGGAGGAUCUGGCGACACGUGGAGGGAAGAAGGCGAUUGAUCCAACGGUGGGAAGCCCUAGGAUGGAGAUUAGGAAAUUCGGGAGGAGCUACUCCGAGGUGCUUGAGGUUCUAAUGGAGCACGCUCAGAUGGAAGAAACUAUCCUAUUCCCUCUCUUCGAUAAGGCUGAUCGAGGGCUCACCAAAGCUGCAAAGGAAGAACAUGCUAGGGAUCUACCUAUCAUGAAUGGAAUCAAAGAAGACAUAAAAUCAGUUGGGGUUUUGGACUCUGGCAGCCCUGAUUUUCGUGAGGGUUUGCACAAUAUUUCUGCUCGCCUCAAGUUAUUACAAGGACAGUGCAAGCAACAUUUCAUGGAAGAGGAGGUGGAAUUGCUUCCGUUUAUGGAGGCAUUGGAGUUGAGCAAAGAGCAAGAGGUGAGUACAUUGGAACAAUGCUUUGAUGUGAUGCGUGAAACACAUGGGCGUCUGUUGAAGUUUCUGCUCGAAGGGCUGCCAGCUCAUGAUGCCAUCAAGUACUUGGAGUUAAUCAAUAAGUGCAGGGACAAAGCCAGAAUGGAAUCCAUGCUCCAAAUGAUUCUUAAGUAAGCAACAAAUCUUACUCAAAGUCAUUGGUCCUACCAUUAUGAGCACAUGGAUGAUGUACUUGGAAUCAUGCUUUGAAAAUAAUAGAUGUAAAGUUAGAAAUUUUUAGCCUCUUAUACUAAGUGAAGCACCAAGCACGUGGAUGAGACAUUCUUCUAGUGCAUCUUAGUCUGGACUAACAAUAUCAUUUCGAAAAAUAGGGAGUUUUAUUUUCUUUCUCUUUCCCCCUUCAUGAUAGUUUCCAUAAGGUUGUCAUGAAUAUAUGUUCCUAAAGUAUGUACAUCUAAGUUUCUGUACUACCAGUGUAUUCAAAACUCAAAGGUACUAUAUCAAGUAACAUGCUAGUUUGCAAUGUGUUGAAA